AUGAUCGUCUUUACCUCCACGCUGGCUUUACUCUGCAAUUGGAUCUCUGUAUCAGUGUCAGAGUUUCACACUGUGGAGGUUCAGCCUGGUGAAGAAGUCAUACUGAUCUGCUCUAACUUUAGCAGAAUGCCUGGUCACAUAUAUUGGUUUAAACUGGUCAACGAACACAACGCUAGCUGCAUCUCCUCUAUGUUAUCGUCUGAUUCCAAUGCAACGCUACAUGAUGGAUAUAAUAUCAGCAAAUCUUUUAUGACCUCCAAUAACACAAACAUUUUUCUGAACAUCAAACAACUGGAAUUUUCUGACUCUGGACUGUAUUUCUGUGGAUAUACUAAAGACGGACACCCGGUUAUUUUUGGUGCAACAUAUUUACAGGUUCAAGAUGUGGUUAAUGGGUUAGCCAGUGUGCUGAAUGUGGUCUUUGCCUGUCUGACUGUUUUCCUGCUAAUGGUCGUCAUCGGUCUGGUUUUCAGAAUCAGGGCAUUUCAUACUGCUCAAACUGAGAGACAGAGUCCACAACACAGUCAGAACCUGGACUCCGAUGCCCUGAACUACACAGCUCUGAGUUUCCCUCUCAAAGCCAACAGGACCAGAACAUCAGCACUAGAGACGGAGAUGGAGCCACAUGUGGUUUAUGCUGCUACGAGAUAGACUCACCAACCCAGUGACUGCAGCUCAGAGGGAAAAUUAUCCUUUGACUUUCUAUCUGUUAGCGAAGCAGUAAGAUG